GUGCGUGCGUCGGGGGCGCACGGAGCCAGGGCGCACCGCCGGUGUCAGUUCGCUCCAGCCCCUCGUAGCGGUCGGUCGCUGGUUUGCGCGCAGCGGCGUCCCGGAGCAGGAGUCUCUUUUCCGAGGGGGGAGUGGACAUUCCGCCGCUACACUUCGCAUUUCCCUUCCGAGGCGAUCGGUCGGGCACAGUCGGUCGAGGAGAGCGAGAGAGGAGCGCAGCGGAGCGCGGCUGGUUUUCCUCUGAAUAACCGGCUCACUGGUGAUUCAUCCUUUUUUUUUUUUUUUUUUUGGACAUUUUCCACUUGGAGGUACCCACGAGCGUCGCGCCGUGUUUUUGGUGUCAGGAGCGAGGGGCAGGGGGACGACGACGACGGGUUUGAUGAAGAAUCGAGGGCGCACAGUUGCCACUUCUGGCGAGCGGAUUUGUCCUCUGUUUUUGUUGUUGAAUUCUCUGCAUUUGGAUUAUUAAUUCCCCCCCCCCCCCCCCCCCCCCAGGAGAUGGCAAGUUGUUCCCCGUCACACGCGGGGAUCUGGUGCUGAAAGCUCGCAGGAUGCUGGGGACCCUACCACAGCCACAUCUCCUACUUUGAGACAGUCUUUCGGUGAUUGUUCCCUCCCUCUGAUUGGACAUAAGCUUCCCCCUGGACGUUUCUCUCCUCGUUACUCUUGUUAUUUUUUAAUUCUUUGACACAAUGUGUGUGUUGCACAAUCUGACCAGGAUGCGUUGUGGAUUGAUAUUGUUCCUCUUCAGCCAAGUCCUCUCGGUCGCUGCGCUGACACAGACUGACAUUUGCGGGGGCAACAUAGAGAUCGAGGUCGCGGACUACCUGACCUCCCCGGGCUACCCGGGCGCCUACCCGCCCUCCCAGCAGUGCGUGUGGGUGAUCACCGCCCCCGAGCCCGGGCAGAGGAUCCUCAUCAACUUCAAUCCCCAUUUCGAUCUGGAGGACCGAGACUGCAAGUACGACUAUGUGGAGGUUUACAACGGCGGCGACGAGCUCUCGCCCAUGCUGGGCAAGUUUUGCGGGAAGAUCGCCCCGUCCCCGAUCAUCUCCAGCGGCAGCCAGCUCCUCAUCAAGUUCCUGUCCGACUACGAGACCCACGGGGCCGGAUUCUCCGUCCGCUACGAGGUGUUCAAGACAGGUCCCGAAUGCUCCCGGAACUUCACGGCUCCCCAGGGCGUCGUCAGGACGCCGGGCUUCCCCGACAAGUACCCCAACAACCUGGACUGCACCUUCAUGAUCUUCGCCCCCAAGAUGUCGGAGAUCGUGGUGGAGUUCGACAGCUUCGACAUGGAGCCCGACACCACGCCGCCGCCGGGCGCCCUGUGCAGAUACGACUGGCUGGAGAUCUGGGACGGCUUCCCCGCAGUGGGCCCCCACAUUGGCAGAUACUGCGGCCAGACCUCGCCGGGCCGCGUGAUCUCCUACACCGGCAUCCUGUCCAUGACCAUCAUCACUGACAACGCCAUCGCCAGGGAGGGAUUCUCCGCCAACUACACCAUCCGCGAGAGGAUCCUCCCCCCGGGACACGAGGACGAGGAUUUUGCUUGUAUGGAGCCACUGGGCAUGGAGUCGGGGGAAAUCUCCUCGGAGCGGAUCAGCGCCUCGUCCCAGUACAACUCCAACUGGUCCCCCGAACGCUCCCGCCUCAACUACCAGGAGAACGGCUGGACGCCCUCCGACGACACCGUCAGGGAGUGGAUACAGGUGGACCUGGGCUUCCUCCGGUUCAUCACAGCCGUUGGGACGCAGGGAGCCAUCUCAAAAGAGACCAAGAAGCACUAUUAUGUGCGCUCGUACAAGGUGGACCUGAGCUCCAACGGGGAGGACUGGGUCGCGGUGAAGGAGGGCUCGAAGCAGAAGAUCUUUCAGGGGAACCACAACGCGGUGGACGAGGUUCACGCCGUCCUCCCCAAACAGACUCUGGCGCGCUACGUCCGCAUCCGGCCCAUGAGCUGGGAGCAGGGCAUCUGCAUGCGCUUCGAGAUCUACGGCUGCAGGACAUCAGACUACCCGUGCUCGGGGAUGUUGGGGAUGGUGUCGGGUCAGAUCUCGGACGCUCAGAUCGCCGCCUCGUCCUACGCCGACCGGGGCUGGGUCGCGGAGAACGCCCGCCUGUUGACCGGGAGGUCGGGCUGGACCGGGCAGCAGACCAAGCAGCCCUUCAGGAACGAGUGGCUGCAGGUGGACCUGGGCCAGGACAAGAUGGUGAGCGGAGUGGUGAUCCAGGGAGGGAAGCACCGCGACCGCAACGUCUUCAUGAAGCGGUUCAGGGUGGGCCACAGUCUGGACGGAGAGGAGUGGACCGUCGUCAAGGAGGACAACACCACCAGGCCCAAGAUAUUCACCGGGAACCAGAACCACGACACGCCGGAGCUGAGGUCCGUGGGGCCGCUCCUCGCGCGCUUCGUCCGGAUCUACCCGGAGCGAGCCACCGCCGAGGGCCUGGGCCUGCGCCUGGAGCUGCUGGGCUGCGAGCUGGAAGAAAUUACGACCGCGGCGCCCCCGACCACGCCCAUCGCCUCCACACUUCCCAUGACCACGUUUGGAGCGACCACCACGGCGCCGAUCACCGUGCCGGGCACCACCCCGGCCCCGGACUGCGAGGAGGGACGGCAGGGCUGCGGCGGCGAGACGGAGGCGCCCGAUGACUACGAGCUGACGACAGCAGGGGUCACCGCGGCGACUGACCCGAUCGUGGACUUCAUGCCAGCGUACGUGUGGUUCGCCUGCAACUUUGAGUCGUCCUCGUUCUGCGGCUGGUCCAGAGAGGCCGGCGCCGGCGCCGAGUGGCUCAUCCAGACCAGCGACGCUCCCGCCGUCCACAGGGGCCCGACCCACGACCACACAGGCCGAGCGGGGAACUUCAUCUACAUGCAGCCGACUGACACGGGGACGCACGGCAAAACGGGCGAGGGCCCGGACGCGGGCUCGCCGCGGGUGGCGCGGCUGGCCAGCGUGCCCAUCACGGCGCCGGACGCCGACCUGUGCGUGUCCUUCUGGUACCGCCUGUCCGGCGAGCGCGCCGGGUCGCUGCGCAUCACGCAGAGGACGGAGGCGGGCGGGCCGCAGCCGGUGAGGACGCUCGCAGGCCAGGGCGACCGCUGGAGGGAGGGACGGGUCCUGCUGCCGCACUCCGGCGACUCCUAUCAGGUGGUGGUGGAAGGUGUCGCAGACAGACACAGUACAGGUCACAUCGCCGUGGACAACAUCCAGAUCAUGGAUGAGCUCGAUGCAGACGACUGCAAAGACCCAGAAGUUCCCACGUCUCCGCCGACCGAGAUCUUCAUCCUACCGAUGGACUCCCCUCUGCAGGACACCAGCGAGCUGGGGGGGCCGGGCAACAUGCUGAAGACCCUGGACCCCAUCCUCAUCACCAUCAUCGCCAUGUCGGCGCUGGGCGUCUUCCUGGGCGCCAUCUGCGGCGUGGUGCUGUACUGCGCCUGCUCGCAGGGCAGCAUGACGGACAGGAACUUAUCCGCCCUGGAGAACUAUAACUUUGAGCUGGUGGACGGCGUGAAGCUAAAGAAGGACAAGAUGAACGGACAGACUAACUACUCCGAGGCGUGAGGGUGAGGGGCGGGGGGCGGGGGGCGGGGGGG